AAGUCAUGAGAAGAGGGAGUAGUAUUGUGGAAAAAGGGAGGAGGCACUCAUUUUACCACCAAACUAUCGGUCACUAGCACGGAGGUCCUAUUAUCCACUUCUCGAGUUCUCGUUAAAAUAGCGAGGCUGAAGGCUCCUCCUUAUCCACAAGCUAUGGCUGCCGCCGUCCUCAUCUUCAACGCCGCUCCGACCACCGUUUUUCUCUCGUUCCACUCAUCAUCCCGGUUGUCAUCUUCUUUGCUCGCUGCUCACCCACCCCUUAGAUUUGAUACAACUUGUAAUGUUGUGGCAUCAAAGUCUAGCAUCUAUCCCCGGAUCCUUGGGCCGCAUGUUCUCAAAGAGAGAGAUGCAUUGGUUACGAAUGCAGCAGCUUCCACUGUGAGUGUGGAUGGGAAUAAUCCAGAGCCGCCGCCACCUGAAAGUAGAGAGGAGAACGUGUCCGUUGAGAACCUCCCUUUGGAGUCCAAGGUUCAGAAGAAUCUUGAGCAGAGAAUGAGGACGAAGAUGGCAAAGAAAAUUAGGAUGAGAAGAAAGCGGCUACUGCAGAAGCGUCACUUGAGGAAGAAGGGAAGAUGGCCGCCUUCAAAGAUGAAGAAAAACCAGAAUGUUUAGCCUUUUUGUGAUCUUCCUAUCAAAUGUUUUGUUCAAUGUGCACAAGGAACUAAAACAUUUUCUUUGUUCUGUUGAUCGAUUUAUAUAUAAACUUCUGACAAUUGUAUCUUGUGAGUAUAUUAAGACCAUCUCGUUGGUAUUAGCGGGAGACAGCAUCACAGCAGGAGUAAAUUCCACGUAUUGUUCUUUGUAACAGGAGAUUUUUCAUAUAUGGUCCUUAAUUCGAGGAUAUAUUAUACCCGUGGUCCUCACUAUUUAAGAACUACGGUAUUCCAUAAUGAGUUUUUUAAGGACUAUAUAUGGAAAACAAUAAUGGAGUAUUUGGGUCAAAGGAUCGAUUAUGGAAUGAUUGUCAAAUAUAGAGGACCAUGAAUG